CCUCGACACGGGCCAUGUCGCAAUUCAUCUCAUUCCUACCCNCUCCCGGUCUGGGUCUGGCCAGCUAUGAUUCCGCCGCACUGCACACGACGCAGCCGCAAGACGUACCAGAGAUCUUCCGCGACGCCAUGAGCGUGCGCGAAGACGUCUUUGUCAAGGAGCAAAACAUUGCACUGGAGAACGAGGUCGACAUUGACGACGCACGCAGCUUCCACUGGGUUGCCUAUGCCUCGGUCGGCACGUCUGCCAGUGACGGCAGCGCUGCAAUGGACGGCGUCGACAGGGACUCUGCAACGUCUGCCGAAAAGUCGGGUCGCAAGGGCAGUACCGCCAUGAGACUGCCCGUCGGAACAAUCAGACUCGUGCCACCUCCUCACCCGCCUCAUCCUCAGCCUGGCUCAAGUCACAAGAUCGACAACCACGAGGGUUUGCCGCAAGACAUGCAGAGUGGACUGAGCAAGACCGACAUGCAUGAUGGCAAGGAGGCAUACAUCAAGCUCGGCCGCCUAUCCGUCCUCCAGCCCUUCAGAGGUAUUCCCAUCAAUCCACUUAUCCUGCCGCCCGUGUCUCCUGCAGCAGCUGAGCAACGCAAGCUCGAGCUUGGAGGAGGAGCCGAAGUCGAAGACGUGUGGAGAGGCCUUGUCUUGGUACAUGCCCAAGCACAUUUGGAGAAAUACUGGGCCUCGUUUGGCUUCAUCAAGGACGAGAGCAUGGGUACGUGGGACGAGGAAAACAUCAUGCACGUGGGCAUGUGGAAGCGUGUAGAGCUGAGUGCAGAGUCACCGACAUUGAGGAAGAGGAGCGUGGUGGGU